UUCUUUCGGCCACCUCUAGAAAGGCACAUCAUUUAAAAAAAAUUGUUCCGUUUUUUACAAAGUUUUCGAGUCGUAGUGUAAAACAAUUGAAGAUUUCCUUUCAUCCGCAAUUGGCGAUUAACAUGAUUGGAGUGAAUUCAAGCUUGCAAGCAUCAGAAGUACAAGAAGCAGUUGCAAACGCCGAAGCAGCAACAAUUACCCAAUUCCACGAGCAGAAGCUGGUGGAACAGUUCUGCCGCCAGACCCAACUGCUCAAGUUGGUGGAAGGCUCCGCCGAAAAGUUUGUGGAACACUACCGGCGCACGCGCCGCCCGGAGGAUCUCCUGGCACCUGUGCAGGUGCGCCUCGACUUUGACUACGCACAUCUGCUGGAGCACUCACCGCGCCUGCUGCAGCUCGUGCUGGAGGAGCCGCUGCAAUUUGGCGAGGCGGUCAGGUACACUGUCUAUGGGCUUGUGAGGGCGCGCCUAAAGACCUCCGGCCUGAAGGCCAUCGACAUUGGCCAGCUGCACGCCCAGUGGCGACUGGUGGGACUGCCCUUUACGCCGUGCCUGCAGUUCGAGCCGCGGGAUCAGUCCUUGCGCCUAGGGUUGAGCCAGGUGCAGGGCGUCCUAGCGGCGUAUACGCCACGUGAAACGCUGGUUCUGCAAUCGAUUUGGUACUGCAGUAGCGGCUGUAUGCGCAAUGCCAUACAGACCAGAUCCACAGAUGCUCCGUUGUGUUCGGGCUGUUCCCGGCCUAUGAGUGAAUACCAAAAGUUAAGAGUUACGGAAACCUUUCGCCUCCUGGCCAUCCUGCCCUGUUCCGCCGUCCAGACACCGCGCACCAUCGGCUGCCUUCAUCGUCCCAAGUUGAUCCGCUUGCGAGCGCACAGCCACGACUGCGAGUUGAAGUUGGGCUCCACUUAUCUCAUCACCGGCUACUUUGACGGAUCGGCCAGCACCUAUCAACUGGAGGCAUGCCAUCUAAGAAGCGUCUAGGCAGCGAAGGCCGCCGCAACACCAACCGUCGCCGUGCGGUUCAGCUGAGUGAGUUUCUG